AUGCCCCACGCCUGCCCGCACUGCCCCAAGCACUACUCCACGCCCGUCGCGCUAGAAGCCGCACGCCUGCCCCCACUGCCUGAAGCACUACUCCACGCCCGUCGCGCUGCAGGUACACUUCACUUGACUUUGUACAUCGCCCUGAAGUGCCACAUCCGCUCACACACGGGGGAGAAGCCGCACGCCUGUCCGCACUGCCCCAAGCACUACUCCACGCCCGUCGCGCUGCAGUACCACAUCCGGUCGCACACGGGGGACAAGCCGCUGGCGUGCCCGCACUGUCCGCUGCGUUACGCCACACACAAGGGACUGCAGACUCACCUACUCAAACACACGGGCGAGCGGCCGUUCAAGUGUGAGCUGUGUGGGAAGGCCUUUACACAGAAGACCAUGCUGCAGAAACACAAAACGGUACACACAGGUGAGAAACCAUACGCGUGCGAUAUAUGCGGCAAAGCGUUCACGCAGUCCGGCUCCGUGCACACGCACGUCAAGUACGUGCACAAGAAGCUGCCCGCGCCGCCGCGCAACCGCGGCAAGCGCGACAAGCCCGACUGACAUACGCACUACUGACAUACAACUUACCCUUCGCCAGUUUGAGCCGGCUAUAUUACUAAAGUAACAUCGCCCCG